CGUCUCCAAACGAAACCCCUUUCUCUGUUCAAAAGAAUCCAAAGCCCUAUCUCUUUUCUUUACCUACACUCUCCAAAACGAGAGAGAAUCAAAAAUCAAAACCCCAUCCUCUCUCCCUCUCUCCGUCAAUCUCGAUGGAAACUCCCAUCAUCGCAAACCCUAACCCUAACUCCCUCCAAUCCCCACCGUCACCGCCGCCGCCGGCGCCGCCGCCGGCGCCUCCUCGCUCCUUCGCCAUCAAGCGGCCUUCGUUGAGGCUGACGUCGGAGUUCGACAGCGAGAACCAGCUCUUCUUCCACAAGGUCUCGUCCAAGCUCUUCGACGGCCUCGCCAAGCUCAAGCUCUCGUUUCAGAACGAUCAGAAUGGGGACUUCUCGCUCCCUCGGAUAGGGUUGAUCACCAAGCACUUCUCAGUUCUUUAUGAUGCGGAUUCGAGGAACGCGCUUUUGAGCGGGUCGUUUGAUUUGUCCGAGUCUUUGAAAGUCAAGGCUACUCAUAGUGUCAAGGACCAACAAGGAGAAGUGGCUAUGGUAGCAAGCUUGGCUGAUCCUUCAUACAAAUUCGAAUUGUCAUCUGCUGUUCCACCCCUAGGAUUGUUUCAGCCACGAGCAACUCUACGGUUCCCCAAUGGUGAGGUGUCACUUGAGGAGAAAGAAAACGAGGAACUUAAGAGAGUGCUGUCUGUUAAUGGGAUCUUGAAAGGCCAACUUCUGAAUGGAGUUUGUACUGCCAUGUACAUGGACAACAAUUUGAACUUAAGAUAUGCAUAUAAGGAUCAAGAAAUGACUUUCAUACCAAGCAUCUCUCUUCCGUCAAAUGUCCCAUCCAUUGCAUUCAAACGCCGAUUUAGUCCAUCAGACAAGUUGAGUUACUGGUACCAUUUUGAUUCUAAUGCAUGGAGCACAGUUUACAAACAUACAUACCGGAAGGAUCUCAAAUUCAAAGCUGGUUACGAUUCUGAGGUCCGACUUGGUUGGGCAUCUCUCUGGGUUGGAGAUGAAAAUGGCAAAGCAAAGACCGCCCCUUUGAAAAUGAAAGUUCAAUGCAUGCUCCAAGUCCCUCAAGAUGAUUUUAGAAACUCAGCCGUCAUGUUUCGAGUGAAGAAGAGGUGGGAUAUCUAGCACUUUUACUUUUCUUCUUUCGGUUUCUUCUGAAGAAUGAGAUGUGGAAUCGUGUUGUUGUAAUGGAGGGCUUUAGGCUCUGCUUAUACCAUCCUGAUGUCUCCAGAUACAGUUUGCAAGCAUAUGAUCCACCAAUGAGAUGAGUUGAUUUAUUUUCUCACUCAUUUUGGUGUACACCUAUUAUUACUCACAAGACAGAAGGGUUGGACCCCAAAUGUAGUAAAAUCCAUCAUUAUACG